AUGUCCUCACGCGAGGUCCGCAUAGGCUACGUGCCAGAACACUACCUCCUCCCUCUCCAUUUCUGCAACAAGCACAACCUCUUUCCUCCCUCCGUCCAGAUAACACUCGUACCGUUCCUUUCCGGCACAGGACAUAUGAUCACAUCGCUCCGCUCGAAAGAGAUCGAUCUCGCAAUUGGAUUGACCGAAGGAUGGGUCGCCGGGCUACUGAACCCGGACAUGUACAACAAAUCGCCAGAAGAGAAAGGAUACUCAAUAGUCGGGUCCUGGGUGACGACGCCCCUUCGCUGGGCCAUCGUCACAGGUCGCAAUCGCGACAACAUAAAAUCCGUGGACGAUUUGAAGAGCCAUCGGCGAGUGGCCGUCAGCAGAAUUGGAAGUGGAAGUCAUGUCAUGGCAUUUGUGCUUGCGCAGCAAGAAGGCUGGCUGCAUCAGACAAAGGACUCGAAGUCAGAAGGAUUGACCAUCGUGCCGCUCGGUCCGUUCAAAGACCUUCGAGACGGAGUGACGAGCUCAGCAGCCGAUUUCUUCAUGUGGGAGCAUUUCACGACGAAACCAUACUUUCAUGGCGAAGAUACUCCCCUCAAAAAGAUUGGCGAGAUUUAUACACCGUGGCCCAGCUGGCACAUUGCUGCAUCCCGUUCGAGCUUCCCCGACCCGGCCAAUGACGAUACCUUGAAGCAGAUCUUCAAUUCGUUGGAUCAAGGCAUCCAGGCCUUCAAUGCUGACACAGAAUCGGGGAUCCGUAUGCUCAGUACUGGCGAGGCAGGCUGUCAUUACUCAGAGGAGGAUGGGAGAGAGUGGUUGAAGGAUGUCCAGUUCGUCCAGGGCACACGGGGGGUUGAUGUUGGUGUCAUGGGUGGAGUGGUGAGUGUCUUGAAGACCGCCAGCGUUAUCGGUCGUGAGGUCAGCAUCAAAGACGGAGAUGGCGUGGUUGGUGUUGCGAGGUAG